UUAUCCAGGAAUGAAAGUUGAUCACAAAGGCCACGUAAACCUGCAAUGCUUGAGGAGCACAGAAAAGGAAACAUAACGUCGUGAGCCCUGUACAAACAAUUCUAAGAUCACUGACUCAAACCGUCCGAUUCCCCCUUUACAUACAUACUGAUCAAAACAAGUGGCAGAAGAGAGACGAAUCCCUGAGACGCCCAAGUUCCCCAAAGUGUAAGGAAGUCCAAGGGGCUGCAUUGGUCUGCAUUUUAAGAGAAUGUCGCAUGAAACCACGGCUCAUAUCAACUAGACUAGGAUAUUAAUCCAAUGUCGCAUGAAACCAUGACUAAGGAAAAGUGGGAACUGGAGCAUCCGGUGUGUACCAGACUCAUAUCCGUCUUUCGUGUUUCAAGCAUGAGCCAUGGAUAAUUCUUGAUCUUAAAUAUAUUUUCCACGGCUCAUGGGAAUUCGAACCACGUGUCUUCAAGAUGCACGCCAUGGAAAUCCUUCGUUGUUUGUUACUUUCCAGUCUUCUGGGAAGGAUCAACAUAACAGUCACCGCGACCAAUCUAGGAAACUUGAAUGGUCAUCUGUGGGAGGAAAGGCCGGUUUCAAUAGAGAACUAUCAGACUGAUGAUCUGUUUGCCGCCUUGUCGCCCCUCCAUGCUACUGGGUUCACUCCGCUCGACGAGGUGGUCCAUGAAGAACAGCACCCUCAAUGGUCAGACUCCUCCACCUGGCCAACUUCUCCCCUCAUCUAUUUCGACUUCCCAGAGCAUCCAACCAACGAGUUCCCUCAUCGAGAGCAGUUGGCUCCCCCCACUAACCCGUCAAGUCAUCCGUACUCAUUGUAUCAUCCAGGAGGUAGGACCUCUCGUUUGAGUGACCAAGGGAUUGCUUCGUCAAGCGGACAGACGAGACAGGUCUUAUCUCUCGAGCAACAUGAUCGAGUUGACCAACUUUAUACCAAGCUGCCACGUCAAAAACGACGAAAACUAAGAGAUCCAAAUUAUCGCCUGACGCAGGUUGAAACACAGAUGAAAGGUUUGCGGGAGUUUUCGGAUCUCGUGCAUCGGUAUCAAUCAAGCGACUCGCACCAAAACUAUUUCACUCUAUCAGGGGAGCUUUUGAUGCCUCAACUCAAGCGACACAAGAAGAAGUUUAAAGUGAGACUCGAAGCGGCUGGGAACUUGCACACGGAGCGCAAGCUCAGCCGGAGGCCUCACCCCGGUCUGCCAUUGGUGCGAAUCGAUUUUGGCGAGAAGGUCCAAGCGUUAAGGAUCCUCAAGGGCUCGUCAGCCACUUUACAGACAGAUCGGACGAUGAACAUCCACUACAAGAACCUGAUCGUAUUCAUGCACAAGUUCUACGGAGAAGCAUUAGACCUCUGGGGCGUCCCCAGAACUGCGCAAACACGCGCGCCCAGUCUGGCAAUCAAAGCCGAACUCAAACCGCCAUUUCCGGUGUGGAGGGAGGACCUCUCGGACGGAUCGAUCGCUGAAAAUCAAGUCAAAUUGAUCCUCUAUUUCUCGCAGGUUGAAGGCGACUUGGGCCUCCUGCCUUCCACUGCCUUUGAACUGUUGGAGCAGUUCAAAAGAAAACCAUAUGAAAAAUUAGAACCGGCUGCAAAAUCAGUAAAUCCAGGGGAUCCAAUCGAAUCUUUGGCGAGCACGAAUGGACUGACAAAUCUGAUCCAAGAAGGCCUCAAGUAUCUACCGCAGUUAGUCUCAGACCAAGACUUAGCGGGCCUCCGACGAGAUAUUGACCAUGUUGAAGGAUAUCCGAAUCCCCAGAUGAUCCGGGAUCUGUUGAGGAAGUUUCUCGACCAAGCCGACCGAACGUUGACGUCGAGGAUGAAGGUGAAGGGAGUCCAUCCGACGCUCCCGAUCGCGCUGUACGAGUCCGAGCAGCUGCAACGAGACCAACGCGCCCAGCCGAUCCGGAUCUUCCGGAAGAAAGAAUCGUCGGCCUUCCCGUUGGACUCGAUGGAGCUGUUGCCCCGAAUCAGGAGGCUCAUGGUCGUCUUGGAUCUCUUCCACAUCCGACUGAUCGAACGGCUCGAAAAGCUGCAGAUCCCCGUCCAUGAUCCGCAGGCUAGGAGAAAACAAUUGUUGGAAUGGUUGGUCCAGAAUAUCAUCACUCCCGGCGAAGGCAGUCUGCCGAUUCAUGGACUCCUUUUAACCCCCGAGGCUCAGGCACCCUGGAACGGCUUGACUAAAAAAGCCGCCCGCAAUCUCUUCGGGGUCGUCCAAAGAGAAUUGAUCGAUCAGUUUUCGGUUAAAGGCCAUAAAACUUUCCGCACCCUUAGGAACAAAACCACGUUUCUUACGCUUACUUGGUAUCAAAUUCAUCAUCCAAAUGAUUUAUAUUCUUUGAUCGAACGUUUUGACGUACCUUCUCUGGCUUGA